UUCAGUCGCACGAACGAUGGCGCCGUGAGCGUCUCACGCGGCGGCCAUGGUGUGCCACAGAUGGACGCUAGCUCUAAUUUUAAUCUUCGUUCCUAUAUUAGUUACAGUGAUAAGCGCAUUCCGCGUAAGUUUACCUGGACGCUCUCAUGAAGUGAAACCCGAACGAAGACACAAAUGUGAGGACUGUGGUGUGAGUGACCGUAACCUUGACCCGGUUAUACAUAGUUUUAAAAAAGAAAGUGCGAAACGUUCCUUCGAUGAUAUUAAGAAGGUUUUUAGUGAUAAACGGCAUGCUUUUACGGCAAAGUUGACAAAAAAGGAUGAGCAGGACGAUUUAGAAAUUGAUAAUGAUGAUGAUGAAGUUAGUGAUACAGUAAAAGCUAGUUUUGAACGUUUAGAAAAGGUUGAAACUAAAAGUAAAUUAGAUACGAAACCUAGAACUAAAAAAGUGUCGUUGAUUUUAGAUUUUAACGACGAUGAUGACGACGACGACGAUAGUGAAGUCGAAAACGAUGACGACUAUGAUCUCCCAAAGUUACCUGAUCAUAAGAAACCAGUUGUGGUUGAUUCUAAAAAGAAAAUAGAUGAACAAAAAUUGACCACUUCUGUGAAACCAUCACUAAAACUCAAAGAUAAGAAAGAUGAUACUAAAGAUGAUGAGAAAGAUAAAACUUCAGCCCAAACGAAGCAAAAAAUAGAUGUAACCAAUAUUAAAACCGUUAUUAAAGAAUCCUUGAAAUCCAAAGUUGAAGUUGAACAGCCUUUGAAAGCCACACCAAAAGCAGCAAUUGAAAAGAAAAGUGACAAAGAAAAGGAUUUGAAACAAAGCAUAAAAGAGUCUGAUUUACCAAAGAUUAAGAUUAUAAGUAAACCAAAAGAUACCUCAACAAAGGAUUCGAUAGUAUCCGAUUCCAAAGAAAAAAUUAUUAAGAGUAAAAUUACAGAGAAAGAUGAUGGAAAAUCUAAGCAAAAAAUCACUGACAGUAAAGAACCGGUACCGAAAAGUAAAGAAAAAAUUGACGAAGACGUUGUUUUAAAGAUCAAAAAUAUUCCUGAAUCGAAAAAGAGUGUAGAUACCACUUCUGAAGAAAAAGUUGAUAGUAAAAGAGAAACUAAAAAAACUGAGAGUGAAGACAGCCGCUUACACCAUUUAUCUGAUGCCUUGCACAGGCGGAAUUUAUUACAUAGUAGAUUUGAGGAUUUUUACUCAUUUUUCCCAACAUUUGCGCCAAACUUUUCACGCGUACAUAAUCCAGAAUGCCGGCGUCACGGGCAAAUACUUUUGAGACAGUUGCGUGGAACAAAAUUAUGGGCUCUAAAUAUGCUCGACGCAACGGCAAAGAUUCCCUCGGGGUUGCUUCAAGGCAACGGCAUACAGCUGGGUGACUUUGACCAGUGCUUGGGGAUCCGGGCUAGAGUACAGCUGGACACUGGCAGUAUCGUCCGAAUCCAGGGCAAGUACUGCCUAGCCAUGAUCGACUUGAAGGCAGAGCAUCCUGCUCUGGAGACGCCUGUUCAUCUAGCGCAGUCCAGAAAUUUGUUCAAAAGCAGAAUUGAUGAUCCAGGUCACUUCGUGCCACGCUUCUCCACGCUAAGCUGGGGGGUCUGUGUCCCCUCGCCCUGCAGCCCUGAUGACGUUGAAGUCAUCCUCAGAGAUGCUGUCAAGCAUUACCAGUACAAGACUGGUAUCAGCAUAAGAGUUAAGGUUGAUGACCAUGAUUGCUAUGCUAGGAAGGGGGCGAACUGGUGGAAAGAGUGGCUGGAUUUACCUACCAUUUUGACAUUGUCCCUCUACGCUACAGUUCUCACCUUAGUAUUGAUCGCUACACUGCAGGAUUUCCUUAGCACAAGUAACUCCGAAGGAGAACCGUCAGAUGAGGGGAAGUCUGAAGAGGAAGAAAAAGAAGUCGAAGAAAAAACUGAAAAGAAAUCUUCAGAUGGCUUCCUGAGUUCGUUCUCCCUAUACAACACGCUUGGGAAACUGGUCGCACCUGCGUCUAGUGGUGAGAUAGCUUGCAUCCAUGGAGUUCGAGCCAUCGCCACCGUGGCUCUCCUGUUCGCCCAUAAGUUUCUACCGAUCGCACUGACGCCUUACACCAACCGCUUGAAGAUUAGUGAGCUAGUGUCGUCUCCACUGCUGUCGUGGUGUAGAGCGGGAUGGAUGUUCACCGACUGUUUCCUCCUGAUCAGCGGCACUCUCACCUCCUACCGCAAAUCUACUAGUGACUCAAUGGCUUCCAAAUUGCUAUCGAGAUAUUUCAGAUUAACACCAGCUAUGUUAGCUGUGGUAGUGUUCUACGCAUACAUCUGGGACAAUAUCUCGAUGGGACCGAUGUGGGGCACCUUGGUGACGAGGAAUGCGGAGCUGUGCCAACAGGGCUGGUGGUGGAACUUAUUGUACGUGCAGAAUUACUUCGGCUUUGAGGAUAUGUGCGCACCGCAAACCCACCACAUGGCGGUGGACUUCCAGCUCACAAUCCUGGGCGGGAUAUUGGUUUGGGCGAUCCAAUCUGAAGUGCCUUUCUCAGGCACUGUGAUGCAGCUGCUUCACCUGCUGGCGGCGUACUCCAGAUACACCACCUUUAGGGACCACCGGCUCACGGCUCUGGCUUACCAGGGAGUUAGUGUCAGUCAGCUGUACAGAACAGGUCGUUUGAGCUACACCUCAAUCCUGCACCGAUGUUCCCCAUACUUGAUUGGUCUCAGUCUAGGCCUUGCACUUAGGAAGACAUCUAGUAUUUCAAAGCUGCUAUUGUUCUUCGGUUGGUUUAUCUGCAGCAUUUUAUGGGGCUUGGUCCUGUGGGCUGGAGCGGAUUCAGGGUACUUCGACUACCGAUAUGACGUCACAUUCGCCGCUAUUUAUGCCACUCUCGCCCCAUUAGCCACAGCUUUGGGCUUCGCUUGGAUGAUCUAUGCUGCCCAUAAGAAUCCAUCUGGUUUCCUCUCUCUAGUAUUGAGUAGCCGUCCGCUUCUGUUCAUCAGUCGAAUCUCCUACGCGCUUUACCUUGUACAGUUCGUUGUAUACCUCACCAACACUGCUACAAUUCGUUCGCCUAAGGAAUUCUCACUUACGACUUUGAUCGACCUUCAUGAAGUUUUCACCAUUAUACUAUCUUCGAUUCUUUUGACCAUUACACUAGUAAUUCCAUUACAAUCGGUGCCGAAAAUAACUUUUGAAAGUAAAACUGAAACUGUAGAAGAAAAUGAAGCAGAAAAAGAAACAACCGAGCAAAAUCAAACCCAAAACAAAAUAGAAAAUGAUAUAAAAACUGACAAAGAACAGGUUAUGAGGGAAGCUCCGCAAAGGAGAUCGUUCAUGGCUCAUAGAGAAGUUCUUGAAGAAAUACCAGAAGUAGAUGUAGAAUAUGAAGCACAGAGAGUCUCAAAUGAAGCUUUGGAAGAGAUUUUAGAAGAAGAGGAUGACUUAGACGAAGAAAUGGAAGAAAGAGAAGACGAAGAUUUGGAAAUUAUUGAGGAGGAACAAGGAGAGGACGAGGAAGGUCCAGAAGGUAAUGAAUACCUAUCUCGCUCUAUUACUGGGGAAAGUGAACAAGAUUUAGAUGAAUGGGAAUGGACAGCGGACGGUAAUGGUAGAGGGAGUCAGCAUUAUCGUUACAGCAGAUAACAAUAAAAUUAUGAUAAUUGAAUAAAACUUUUCGAUUAUAAAAAAA